AUGAAUCCACAAAGAAUUAUUGAAUUACAAAAACAUUAUCAAAACACUCCUAAACCAUUAUGGUUAAGAGGUAGACAAUCAGCAUUUUUAGUUUAUCCAUUUUAUGCUUUAUUUGCUGUUAGUACUGCUAUUCCAUUAUAUUAUAGUGUUAGAGCUGUUGCUGGUAUAAAAGAUGAAUAA